AUGUUUAGUUUAUUAAUCACAAAUCAAGUGUUGUGUACAGACCACAAUGAAAUUUUUAAAUUUAUUUGUUUUGCUUGUAAUAAAUUAUUUUGUUCGCAAUGUGUUACAGCGCACACCAGGCAUUAUCCACUUCAUUCCUUUCAAUUUGAACAUGUCUCUGAUUUAAAAUUAAAUCUAACCUCAUCAAAGAGUAGUUUUAAAAUAGAUAGAGAUAUUAACAAUAACAAUAAUGACAAUAACAAUAAUAACAAUAACAACAAAAAUAAUAAUAUCAUUAAUAUUGAAAAUCAAUAUUCUAGUAGUUCAGUAAUACAAAAUAAGAUUAUUCAGUUGUGGGAUCAACUCAAAAUUCUUUCCACACUUGACCACUCCUCAAAUUUGGUCUAUACUAAAAUCCACAAUUUUUUUGAAUCUCUCCACCAAGCACUAAUAUUGGAAGAGCAAAGGUUGAAAAGAAACCUCAAUCAUGUUACGGAUCCAAUCGAGCCAAAAGUGGAGAUGUUGUUGAAAGAGUUAGUCCAAUUAAUCAACAUCUUGAAUAUCAAUAAUUACAAACAGCCCCAACCCCUACAAUUGAGCCUAUCAGAAGAUUCCCAAGACUCAGAAGGUUCUGAAGACUCUGAUGAAUAUUAUAGCUUUGCCGAUGACGUUUCCAAUAAUCUUGUAGACCAAACCAAAUGCUUCCAAACCCAAGAGAUCAUGAAAUCUAUUGUGGAUUCCGAAAACUUCCAAUCAUUUUAUCAAUCAAAUAUUUUCACAAUAUUUAAUCAUAAAGAUCAUCCAAACAAUAAUGUUUUUAAUAUUAGACGACCCCAAUAUAAUAGUAAUGAUGAUCUAAAAUUAGAUUUAUUGGUUCAACACAAUAGUAUCUUUAAAUCAACUGAAGACUCUUUCAAUUCCAAUGUUAUAUUGGACUUGGAAGUUGGAAUAUAUGAUUUUUCAAUUUUAAAAAAAUCAAUUGGCAAAUCAAUUCAACUGAAUAUAAUUAAUAACGAAAACAAUAAUCAAACUUCUUCAGAACCAUCAUACACCUAUCUAUUUUCACCUCACAAGAAUAAAACAGCAACAAUUUUCAACCUUUCUCUGGGUACAUCUGAAGAGGUUCCAAUAUUUGAUUGUUUGUACAUGACAUUCAGUGCUUGUCUUACCAUUGGAGAAUACAUAUAUAUAUUCGGUGGCUACACUAUCAACUUUUUCUUCCGUUUUUCAAUUCGAACCAAAAAAAUUGAAAAAGCAGAUAUGAAAGGUAUAAGAGGUGGUUUUGGAACUUCUAUUUGUUAUGAUGGUCUACAGUACAUUUAUAUUUUGGAGGGUCAGAAUCCAGAUCAAACCUCAAGAAUUGACCGUUAUGACAUUCUUAAUAACGAAUUCGAAAGAUUUGGAGUGUUGAAAAAUCAUAUUUUUCAUGUGUUAUCAAUCUAUUACAAAGAGAUGAUCUAUACAUUCCCAAGUAACAAGAAUGUAAUGAUCAGAUUCUGUCCACACACUAAAUCAAUCGAAGACUCUAAAUCAGGAUGUACCGAUGGUAAUGGAAAUGCUUAUAUCCUAGCGCAAGAUGGUAGUUUUAUAAGGUACAAUAUAGAAUUCAAACAAUUCAAUAGGCUUCAAAGUAUGCCAAGGAAUGAACAUGUAUACACUUCAAUGGUAUUUCAUAAAGUAUCGGAUUACGAACACAAUAUCUAUUAUAUGGGUGGAACAAUUCAUAAGAACUAUAAGUAUUCAAUUGAGGAAAAUGAAUGGACAAAAAUUUUUAAAGGUGAUCACUCAACUACAACUGGUAAUUCGAUCUCAACAACUGGUGGGGAAAUAAACAAUGAUAACACUUUUACAAUAACAGGUGGUAUCACAGGAAAUGAUGUUUCCACAACAGGUUCUAUUGGUACUAGUUUAAGAUAUAAUUUUUAA